AUCCAAACCCUAGCAAUGGCGACUCCCGCAAUUGAGUCAGUGCAGUGCUUCGGUCGUAAGAAGACCGCUGUCGCCGUCACCUACUGCAAGCGCGGCCGCGGCCUCAUCAAGAUCAAUGGCUGCCCAAUCGAGCUCGUCGAGCCCGAGAUCCUCCGCUUCAAGGCCUACGAGCCCAUUCUCCUCCUCGGCCGACAGCGCUUCGCCGGAGUCGACAUGCGCAUCCGCGUCAAGGGCGGCGGUCACACCUCACAGAUCUACGCCAUCCGCCAGAGCAUCGCCAAGGCUCUUGUGGCUUUUUACCAGAAGUAUGUCGAUGAGCAGAGCAAGAAGGAGAUUAAGGACAUUCUUGUCCGGUAUGACAGAACCCUCCUUGUUGCCGACCCGAGGCGCUGCGAGCCUAAGAAGUUCGGUGGUCGCGGUGCUCGUGCUAGGUUCCAGAAGUCUUACCGUUGAUUUGGGCCAAAUGGAGGGCGAAAGUUGGACAGAUUUAGCUCCUUCGUUUCAGUUUCUGGUUUCAAGUUCAUGGAUUUUGUUUCAAGGAGUCGGAAGUUGAUGGGUAUUUUAUAUUUUAUCAGAAUUUUGAUCAUGAAGACUUUAUUGUUUUUUUAAGUAUUUUGGAUGUUGAAUCGUUACGAUAUUAAAUAUGACAUGCUUCAAUUAA